GCGCCGCCGCCUCGCUGCUCCGCACGGCUGUGGGGCCGCCAUGGACCGCAAUCCGUCGCCGCCGUGCAGCGAUGCGGAGGAGGAGGAGGGGGACGCGGUGGGCAACACGGUGUACAGCAAGCACUGGCUCUUCAGCGUCCUCACCCGCCUCAUCGAGGUCAUCGCCCCCGCGGAGCCGGACCCCGGCGCCAGCCCCGAGGGAGCCCGGACGGAGCUGGACGAGGAGAUGGAGAAUGACAUCUGCAAGGUGUGGGACAUGUCGAUGGACGAGGAUGUUGCUUUAUUCCUUCAGGAGUUCAAUGCCCCUGAUAUAUUCAUGGGAGUGUUUGCCAAGUCCAAAUGCCCUCGGCUAACUGAAAUCUGUGUGGGAAUAUUAGGGAAUAUGGCCUGUUUCCAGGACAUCUGCAUGUCCAUUAGCAAAGAUGAGAAUCUCGGCCAAGUGUUACUGCAACGUUUGUGUGAUUCAGACUCCCCAACCCUUCUGGAAACAAGCAGGUUGUUGUUAACUUGCCUCUCCCAGCCUGAGGUGGCCAAUGUCUGGGUGGAGAGGAUCCGAGAAAACCCCUCUGUGUACGACUGUGUUUGCUUCAUCAUGUCCAGCUCUACAAAUGUUGAAUUGCUGGUGAAAGUGGGUGAAGUGGUGGACAAGCUCUUUGAUCUGGAUGAAGAGCUGAUGUUAAACUGGAUCAAGAGUGGCACCUGUCGCUCUGUGGGACCCUCUGUAGAUGAUUCUCCUGAAGAACUUCCAGACUUUAAGAUUGUGCCUUGUAUACUUGAAGCAGCCAAGCAAGUCAGAUCAGAUAACCCAGAAGGGCUGGAUGUUUAUAUGCAUAUCCUGCAGCUCUUGACCACGGUGGAUGAGGGAAUCCAGGCUAUUGUGCAGGCUCCUGAUGGAGGAAAAGAGACUUGGAGUUUGCUUUAUGAGCUCGUUAGCCAGGAGCUUUGCCAGCCAGAUGACCCACCCAUCAUUGUGCAGGAGCAGAAGACUGUGCUGGCCUCUGUUUUGUCUGUGCUGUCUGCUAUGUUUGCUUCACAGACAGAGCAGGAGUACACCAGGAUGAGGAAAAAUAUGCCACUGAUUGGGAGCUUGAUUCGUAUUUUACAAUACAUGGAGGGCUGUGGGAAGAGAGCUGUUGAGAACUCCAAGGAAUCUGAGCAAGAGGAGACUGGAAGGACUGAUGUAAAUGAGGAAGAUUUCCAUUUAAAAAUUUUGAAGGAUAUUUGCUGUGAAUUGCUUUCCAAUAUGCUUCAAGAACUAACCAAGGAGAAUACCUUGGAAGGACUGCACCAGGGACACCUGAAUGAACAGACAUGUUCCUGUGCUUUUCAGAACCUCUUACCUCUGUAUUCUGCUUCGGUGGAGAGUUUCCUUGAAGUCCUGCGUGAGGCUGAUCAGACCCUUGCUGACAAUCUAGAAAAACGUUUCCCCAGCCUGAAGGUUCACACCCAAGAAUAUCCUGUGUCUGCAGGCAAUGGACCUGACAUGUCCUGAGUCUGAAGAGACAGCACAGCAGCACAUCAACCUCACUGUUUCUGUAAAUGAGAGUGGAAACCAAUUGGCCUUUAUUAGGGUUGAGAUGUAAAAGCAGAUGGGAACCAGAGCAUAGAGAAUAACUGAGUGUCACAUACACACAUUCCCUGGCUCUCCAGGUUUUACAGACCUUAGUGUUGUGCUGGGCCAUGUUGUGUUACCAGAGUUACCUGGACAUGUGGUAAAAUACAGUAUGUGUAUAUGUAUAUAUAACCUUUCCAUCCCAGCCUCCAGUUUUCAAAACCAGUGCAAUUCAGUCAUCCCCCUGCCAGCAGCAUCUUUGUUGUCAACAGGGAAUUUGGAAUUGCAAAUACCUGACUUGUGUUGCCAAAAAGAAUUGCCAUGGUUUAUAUCAAUUUUUGUAUGCUAUGUUUGUUGGAGAAAUCUGGUGACUGUGAAUCAGAUGACACCAUUUUUCAUACUACUUUGACAGUUUUGGGAUAUUUUCUUAAACCUACAGAUUUGUAAUAAAGCUUCUUUUUUUAUAAAAAAACCCCCAAACCUGUAUGCUUUCCUUCAUUCUAGUGUCAAUUAAAUUUGUUUUCUGAGCCACUGGAAAUGUCUGUUACUC